AUGGCUGAUCGGGUGAAACAAGUUGCCGCUGAAGAGGCAGAGAACGGGAUUUUCUACUUUGUCUCUCAUAGGGACUUGUGGAAACCACUGACUUCCAAACUGGCUCCGACGAUCACGCUGAGCAUUGGAGUGACCACCUUCAUGUUCCUCGUGGCGUACGUGCCUCAAGCCGCCGUCAUGGCUUUCACUUCCGGACCUGUUGCGGCCGUCUCAGCGGCCCUACUUACCCUCAGCGAGAGCUCAACACUCAUCAACCUCCUCUCGAGAACAUUUUUGAUUGAAGAGGCGUUGGUCGACACCUUCGAUGGCACCCUUCUUUCGCGAGAUUGCACCAAUCUGGUCGAGGAAGGCAGGCAAAUAAAAGCCGGAGGGGAUAACAUUGCCAGGCUGGGAAAGCUACUCAAGCGACCAUUCGCAAAAUUCACUCCCAAUGCUAUCAUCCGGUACAUCAUUUACCUGCCACUCAACUUCAUUCCCGUGGUGGGUACCAUUAUUUUCAUAGCCCUCCAAGGCAAACGAGCAGGUCCGGCCGCCCAUACCAGGUACUUUCAGCUCAAGGAAUGGAACAAGAGACAGCGCGAGAUGCACAUUGCGGAGCAUCGCGGAGGGUAUACCGCGUUUGGAAUGGCUGCCUUUUUGCUUGAGAUGAUACCUUUUGCAAAUCUUGUUUUCGCUUUCACAAAUACUGUGGGUGCAGCUCUAUGGGCUGCAGACAUUGAGAAGAAUGCCACAACGGCUCCAAGGGUCCGUGAGCUGGCUGAGAAGGCCGAGUGA